AUGUCUCUCAAAAGAUCGUAUAGCCAGUGGCCUGAAUGUAUCCCCUCAUUUAUUCGCCGACAUGAGGAACCUGUCGAGUGGGAAGAUAUCGAUGGUGACGCCACUCGUGCAUGGAGAUAUUUUGUUCGUGAGCGGUGGGUCAGUGGCGACGACACCGCAGAUCAACAGAAACGAGAUCUGAUUGAACAAUGGGCAACAGCAGACCAAAAAUUCCGAGAUGACGAGUCUUUCACUAAAAGUGACGUUGAAAGCUUCUGCAUGGUCUAUAUUUGUAUCACUGAAUUGAACGAAGAAAAACAAGCCUUGCUGGCUAAGUGUAUCCUGGGUUUAUUCCCAUGGGAGGAUGGCUGGGAAUUUCUAGCCGACGAAAUUGUGAUGUUUUUGCCCUUGGAAGGUAAUCAAGGCAAUCAUGUUCUGGACACUUUCAAGCUCCAGCAAAGCGUCGCUCGGCCCGAUUUUCUCGAUAUGCAUAUGGCGCUUGAUGGAACGGUAAUCUUCAGGGAUUGUUAUCCCAAGCUGAUUAUUGAUGACCGAACCCUAGAGACCGGACUAGGGCUUUGGGUUGAGUUUGGAACGAAUGGCAUCUAUGAAAAGGCCUACCGGGCUCAAAUUAUGAUGAUGGAGUUUGCCGACUUUUAUCGUGAAAUCGGACCUGGCAAUCAGACUCCGAUACAGUGCGCGUUGAUGUAUAUUGAGUCAAGAUACAGUGAUCUUGAUAAGGAUAGAGAUCCGAAAAUUAUCUUGGAGGACGAGCCGGUCGAUAUGUGGAAGCCGCUUGUGGAGAUCUACCUGGGUGAAGUCGAUCUAGUGGAUGACUAUGCUCCCGGCUUUCGUGAGGCAGAGGAGGAGGGCAAUGGCCUAGCGAUCGGAUUUGAUUUACGACAGAUACUUGCGAACGAUGGAAGACCCUUGAUAAUCACAGACUAUGAAAGAUUCUAG